AUAGUAUAGCUUUGCGCGUUGCGCGCGCAUCGCAUCUGCCCGACCGACUAUGGCGGAUAGGCAGUGAAGGAUGUUUGUAGUCUUUUUUAAAUCGGGAAGUAUCGACGAUAGCCAAUGGCAUAAUCCGGGUUUUUUGUAAAAAUUGUACAUUGUAAAUAGUCCUGUGUACAUAUAGUAAUUAUAUUUGUGGUCGUUUUGUUUAGAAAUUGUGUGAAUAGUGUAAUAUUUUGAGUGUUUAUUCGAUUCAGUCUUCGACGCCGACAAAUCUCAUAAUCUAGGAGUUAGUACAUUGGUACAUAAUACAUAACAUCCAAAUUCAUAAUUUAACAAAUUAAAUUAUAUAUUAAUCGUCGGUAUCACCUAUUGUCUUUGUGUUUAUCUUGAGAAACGGACCGUUGCAGUUUCCUGCAAUAUUUUGAUUCUCAAAGCGGCUGUCAUCGUGCUUCGAUAAAACUAGUAGCUGUCAUUACAAAGACAAAAAGACUAUUAUAGUCUUUAAAUGGCUUCAGUACUCAAUAUUACGAGCUGUGCAUAGUAAUUUUGAUCAUGGUAAACGGUCGAAUCAACAUUUGACUCAAAUAAUACAAGCGGUAAAGCUUAAUUGUAUCUAUAAACAGAAGAUCAUAAGAUAUUUACUGUUUACCGUUGUGAAGGACUGAAGAAUAGUGAAACUGAAUGCUCGAGCCUCACGGUAGCCCAAUGAAGUGGCCGGGCACUGGUGGAGACGAAGAGGCGGGUGAAGCAGCGUUGCAGACCGCGCGAGUGGCUCAGACUCGCGCCCAAGACGACGCUGCCGUUCAUUAUGUGUUCCAGCGCGAAUCCCAGGAAGCAGAAUUAUCCUCAUUAGCACCGAAACAACGUUGGGCUGUCGGUGACGACUCUAUUGCGGAGAACCAAGAUAAAUGGAAGAAUCCUACACCGAUAACAAUGAAUAAUAUUCAACAAGGCCCAGUGCAAUUAAAGAACUCUCAGACUAAUCAGCAGCAGUACAUUAAUCAGGCAAUAGCCUCAUCUGUCGGUACUUUGGCCAUUAAUCCUUCUGUUAUUGGAAGUCAUACAGCACAUUUGACCACAAACAUGGUCCACACACAGUUGGCACCAUUACAAAACCAUACAUUGGGUAAUAAUUUAACAAUACAGAACAACACUAUGAUGCUCCCACCUCUCCAAGGCAUACAAAAUGCUCCUCAACUAGGACAACAAGGUUUAUACGAUAUACAUCAACAUCCUGGGAACCCAAUGCAGGCUAUGAAUGGCAUUGGCAAAAGUGCUGAACAUCUUAUGUACUUAAGCCAAGCAGGUAUGCUUGCACCUGGGACAAAUCAGUUUCUACAGCAAGGACAAAACCAAUUGGGACUAACACCAGUAGCUACUAUCAGAAAUCAGAUUGCACCCGCUGCAAAAAAAUUGUGGGACAAGGGCCCCGGUGCUGGAGGUGAUAGCAAAGGUCCCCCGCAUCUUCCUCCAUUGCAACUAAAUCCAGAACAAAUGUGGCGAGAUCCCACUUGGUCCGCUCAAGUGGAACACAACGUGGGAGUUCCGAUGAUGGGCACGCGGCGCGGGGUCGCCUUCCUCGGAGGGGACGCCAGCAGCAUCCUCUCCCCGCGCGACUCCGCCGGCCUCGGCGUCAAGAUGGUCGAGUACGUGCUGCGUGGAUCACCUACAGAGGGUGGCGGAGUGGCAGGCGGCGGCGAGAAGGUGGCGGGCGUGGUGUCGGGGCUGCGCGGCAUGGUGCUGGAGGAGCGCGCCGACGACAAGGCGGGCUCGCCCUUCGACAAGGACCUGCACGAGAUGCACGACCACGCACCCAUGCCCAACGGGCUACACAACGGACAGGAGGACGACAAGGCUUUCAAUCGCACGCCGGGCUCGCGGCAGCCGUCGCCCGCGGAGGAGGAGGGCGGCGCGGGCGCGGGCGGCGUGGUGGGCGUCAACGCGGGCGUGGGCGGCGUGGUGGGCGCCGUGCGCAACGGAGACGCGGCCGCCUUCCCGCUGCUGCCGCCGCACGCGCUGCCCGCGCCGCAGCCGCAGCCGCUGCACCACAUGCCGCAUCUGCAGCAUCCGCAGCACCAUCCUGGAAUGCUUGGUGUUGCACCACUUCAAGGAUUACCGCAUCCGCAGCACCCACAAAUACAUCCCGGAAUGACACUUAACGACUCAAUGAAUCAACACAUCGAACUUGUUUUGCAAAUGGAACAGCAUCCACAAUUUGAUAACAACAGUUUUGCUAGCACACAACAGUACGCGGGUAGCGUGGGCGGCGUGGGUGGCGUGGGCGGCGUGGGCGGAGUGGGAGGCGUGGGCGGCGUGGGCGCGGUGGGCGGCGCCAGCAGCGGCGUCGGCGGCGCCGGCCUCGUCAACGGCGCCUCCGUCGUGCAGCCGGCGCCCGACUCGCAGCACCACCAGCCCUUCGAGCUGCAGCAACUUUUCCGAUCACAACAAGCGGCUGCGGCCGGCGGUCAAGCGGCUGCAGCACAGCUUCAAUUAUUGCAACAACAGCAACAACAACAAUUCCAACUGCAACAGCAACUUGCCGCUCAACAGGCUUUCACACAAGCACCGUAUGUGAUAAACGCGGGCCAGGAGGGCGCACCGUACGUGAGUGCACUGAUCACUGGCGUACCUCCGUACUACGGCGUAGCAGCCCCAUGGGGUGUAUACCCAGGACUAGUCGCACAGCCGGCGCAGCAGCAAGCGCAGCAACCACGCCGGCCACUGACCCCACAGCAGGGCGAACAGCAAGUGAACGGGCAGGGACAAUACGUGAUCCCGUAUUACGACCCGGGAUCUCUAGUAAUGGGUGGUCGUAACGGUACGCCACUGCGUUUGGUGUCACCUGGCGGUGUGCUGGCGCCACGACAGUACCCUCCCGCGCCCGCACACCCCGCCUCCACGCCCGGACCGCCCACUUCCGCUCAACCCCAGCAACAGCAACCUGGCGGAGGAGGCGCAAUGGCGACGCGGCGCGACUCGCUCGAGUUCGGCGGCGGGGGGGCGGUCGCGCUACAGGAGUACGCGCGCAAGUGGGGGCCCUCGCCGCUGUCGCCGCCGCUGGGCGCCGCGCUCGGGCCCGUCGGCCUGCGCCCCGUGUCCGCCGCGCCCGGCGCCGAGACCGCCAAGUACAGAGCCGUCAGCAGUUUAGCACAAGGCCUAACAUCGAAUGGUGGAAUGUUCGGAUCAUCAUCAUCGUUAUUGAGCAAACUCAGUGGAGUCGGAACUAUCUCAGAACUAGUAGGAGGUGGUGUGGGCGGUGUAGGUGUCGGCGUUGGCGUAGGAGUGGGCGUGGGCGUGGGAUCAGUAGGCGCUCUAGUGGCAGGUGACAAACCAGCCGCGGGACGCUCGCGUCUGCUGGAAGACUUCCGCAACAAUCGUUUCCCCAACCUACAGCUCCGGGACCUCGCCAAUCACAUUGUAGAGUUCUCGCAGGAUCAGCACGGCUCCAGAUUUAUACAACAAAAACUGGAAAGAGCGACAGUUCAAGAAAAACUCAUGGUAUUUAAUGAAAUAAUUGGAGCCGCCUACAGCCUCAUGACAGAUGUCUUCGGAAAUUAUGUAAUCCAGAAGUUUUUUGAGUUUGGCACAACGGAACAGAAAACAACAUUAGCACAAAAGGUGCGUGGUCAUGUACUCGCGCUGGCACUGCAGAUGUACGGCUGUCGCGUGAUACAGAAGGCGCUGGAAUCGAUUCCCGCCGAGCAGCAGCAGGAGGUGGUACGUGAGCUGGACGGGCACGUUCUCAAGUGUGUCAAAGACCAGAACGGAAACCACGUUGUACAAAAAUGCAUAGAAUGCGUUGAACCCACGGCGCUGCAGUUCAUAAUUAAUGCAUUCGCGGGUCAAGUGUUCGCUCUGUCGACGCACCCGUACGGCUGCCGCGUGAUCCAGCGCAUCCUCGAGCACUGCACGCCCGAGCAGACGGCGCCCGUGCUCGGUGAGCUGCACGCGCACACCGACCAGCUCAUACAGGACCAGUACGGCAACUAUGUGGUGCAGCACGUGCUGGAGCAUGGCGCGGCAGAGGACCGUUCGCGCCUGGUGGCGGCUGUGCGCGGGAAAGUGCUGCAACUGUCGCAGCACAAGUUCGCCUCCAAUGUGGUGGAGAAGUGCGUCUCUCACGCCACGCGCAACGAGCGCGCUCUGCUCAUCGACGAGCUGUGCGGCUUCAACGACAAUGCUCUCCAUGUGAUGAUGAAGGAUCAAUACGCCAAUUACGUAGUUCAGAAGAUGAUAGAUGUAGCGGAGCCGACGCAACGCAAAGUUUUAAUGCACAAGAUUCGACCGCACAUCGGAUCGCUGCGCAAGUACACGUACGGCAAGCACAUCAUCGCCAAACUGGAGAAAUUCUUCAUGAAGGCGCCGGAACUGGGACCCAUCGGGCCGCCCCAGACCAAUCCUGUCCUGUAGUCUGUGUAAAGAAGUAUUAACGCCCGCGGAGAUAGGCUGAUGCGACGGCGCGGGUAUCCCCGCCUAUUAUAAAUUUUGUGAAUAUUUGCGAUUGUACAUUUGUAACUAUAGAGUCGUCGCCCGCCAGCGUUGCGCGCGCCCGGCGAGCGUGGCCAGCGCUGGGCGUGGGCGGCGCGCGGGCGCGGCACGGCGCCCUGUACAUAGUAGCGGCAGACUGAUGUACAGAACGAUACGAUUACUGUAUACUGUAACAAUAGUUGUACAGCGUCGACGCCGACCGGUGCUCGGCCGUCGCGUCACCGCGGCGUAGCGAUUACUGCGUUUCUAGCUCUUAAGUGUUCUAGUAUUAUUCGUUGUUCGUAUGAAUCUAUGUAUAAAUAUUUGAACGUCUCUCAUUCUCGAGUAAUUUAUGAAUCGAAGAAAGGCUGCGGUCCGAUGAAUCCGCGCGUUUCCGUAAUUUAGCUCGUUGUAGAUUUACUAUUAGCUGGGCUAGGGGACCUUGAAUCUUCGAAAGUGAUGAAAAAUGCCGCAGGCAGUUCUAGACAAUCGGCACUAUAGUCGUGAUUAUAAUAUUAUUAUUUUGUAGUUUUCAAGUCGAGCUCUCGUUUAAGUUUAAAACCGGCUUUAAAAUCGUACAUAGCUUAUCGAAUAUUUUUAGCGCCGGCAUGUAUAGUUUUUCAAUUAUAAUUUUGUGAAAAUGAUAUUUUUGUAUAUUUUUAUGUAACGUGUAACUUAAGUUAUUUAGUUAGCCCCCGAGGUUGGGGCGCGCUUCGAGCGGGCGAUGCUUAUGUUGUGUGCAUAGGUUAUAGUGAUGAUUGUAAAGUCCUGUACUGAUAGUUGUAGUCCGAGGUCUGCCUUGCCGGUUGCACGUCACAAGCGUAGCUGCUCCUCAUUCCCCCUCUGUAAUUAUUUUUAUAGGAAGCGUAGUUUCCUACGACACCUCAGAUUUUUUACGUCUAGAUGUAAUUGAAAAUAAAAUUAUUGUAUAUGGCUGUACAAAAAUGUUAACAAAAUGAUUUGUAAAACCUGUAUGUGAUGGAAUAAGGCGGGGCGUCGAGAGCGACGAGGUGUGACUGAUCGCGGCUCCAGCCGUCCCGUCUUGUAGGUUGUACUAGAUAACAUUUAUAUGAUGAUCCAUCUAUUUAGACAUUAAUUAAUAAAGCAUUUCUGUAAUAAUAUUACAAAGUA